AUAACAAAAUAGGUGAUUUUGCAAAUGUCCUUUCAUAUCACUGGUAGUGAGGUAGAGAAAGGGUUUUGGACAAAUUAUUAACGGCGGAAUAAUGGCGUCGACGAGAGGAGGGACAAUGGCCGGGAGGAUCCCGGAGAUGGAGAAGAUGAGCGUCGAACAACUGAAAGCAAUAAAGGAACAAACCGAUCUAGAAGUCAAUCUUCUUCAAGACAGCCUCAAUAACAUCCGUACUGCCACCACUCGUCUCGAUCUCGCUUCCACAGCCCUUCAAGAUCUCUCUCUCCGACCUCAAGGAAAGAAAAUGUUAGUUCCAUUAACGGCUUCGCUCUAUGUUCCUGGCACCCUCGAUGAUGCUGAAAAAGUUCUUGUUGACGUUGGUACUGGUUACUUCAUUGAGAAAACAAUGGAAGAAGGGAAGAAUUAUUAUGAACGUAAAAUCAACCUGCUGAAAUCAAACUAUGACCAACUUUUAGAGGUGGCAAGUAAGAAGAAAAGCAUAGCAGAUGAGGCAGGAAUGGUGUUGCAAGCCAAAAUGAAACAACUGGCUGCUGCAUCAUCAUAAAAAUCAUAUGGCUUGCUUGCUUAUUCAUGGGAUUGUUUGUAUUUCUAUAACAAGAUUAGUGACUAGACUUGAGAGAUUGAUGAUAUAUAUACAAGUCAUUAUAUCAACUUUUUGAUAACAUUUUUUUAUCAGUACCAGUUUCUUUCUCAUAUGAAAGGAGUACUAUCGUCAAAUUUGAAAUUAAUGGGGGUCACUUCAGGGCCCCAUAGGAUUGAUCGAGAUGGGUAUCAACUGAUCUAAACACCCAUAGUUAUAAAAAGGUUGGACGCUAGCACAGGUGGAAAGAGUCAUUUCCAGAGGGACACUAGCACUAGUAGAUAGAGUUAUUUAAGGAGGGUUGUGGUUUGGUUCGAUUCUUGUUUAUAUAUUCAGAAAACCAGUUAUUUUG